AUGACUGUCUGCGGCUUCUAUCAGCGCAACGCUUGCAAAUUCGGAGCAGAUUCCUGCAAAUUCGAGCACCCUGGAAGUUCGCGAGAUGCAGCUCGAGGCGGAGGCGGCUUUGGCGGUGGCUCCAACAACAACCGCUUUGGUGCUUUCAAUGGCGACCGCUAUCGCCCAGCUGAUAACAGUGGACCCAACUCAUUUGCGAGCAACCGUGACCCAAAGUCAUCAACCUUCAGUUUAGACAAGGACGCCAUUCAGGUCGAUCUUACCAAGGAGCGCCCAAUCUACCCACUUUCAUGUUAUGGCCCAGGGAAAGAUGCUCCGCGCCAGCUCAUCGAGGGGCCCGUCGAGAUCAGUCCCGAGGAGCUUCGAUCUCGGUACUACACAUUACGAGUGGCCGGUAAUGAGCCUACAGCGCAACAAGAAGAGGGAGCGCUGAGCGAAAAGAUGCAACAGCAAGUAAAAGCAAUCUUGGAUGAUAUUACGGGUGCGAUCAACUAUGUCGCAGAAGGUGCCAACGUUCAUCCCAACCGCAUCGACAUCGCCAAGGGCACUGCAGCAAACGGAUCAGCGAGCAACCCGACUGGGUCGUCUAACACUGCUGCGAAUCCCUUCAUGAAAGCACCAGCGAACCCGUUCCAAACUGCGGCAGCAACACCCCAGCCUUCUGCGUUUGGGCAGGCUUCUACACCGGGAUUUGGCAAACCAGCGUUCGGUCAACCGUCCAACCCAGCACAGACGACCUCAGCGUUUGGUCAACCUUCAAAUCCAGCUCAGACAACAUCGCCCUUCGGUGCAGCCUCUGCUUUAGGUCAGAAGGCAUCACCCUUUGGUCAACCUUCAGCGUUAGGUGGUGGUGGGAGUGCAAACCCAGGUCAGUCAGCAUCGCCCUUCGGUGCGGCCUCUGCUUUAGGUCAAAAGGCAUCACCCUUUGGUCAACCUUCAACGUUGGGUGGUGGCAGUGGAAGUGCAUUUGGGAAGCCUGCUUUCGGUGCCUCUGGAUUCGGUCAAUCGUCAAUGCCAGGCGCAGGUAGCGCAUUCGGUCAGGCUAGCAGCAUGGGUCAAGGAUCUGCUUUCGGCCAGCCAUCAGCACCGGGUGCGGCGUCGGGAUUCGGCCAGGCAAACGCUCUUGGACAAAAGCCAAGCCCAUUCAGUAAACCAGGUUUUGGACAGAGUGGAUUCGGACAGACGGCUCAGCCAGGUGCCAAUGCCUCUCCUUUCGGCCGGCAAGCUUCUUCUGGUGCGUCGCCAUUUGCACAGCAACCAAGCCAGUCUUCACCAUUCGGUCAAGCAGCCCAGCAACCAGCUCAACCUUCACCAUUCGGUCAGCAAGCUCAACAGGCGCAGAAGCCGAACCCGUUCGGUCAGCCUCAGCAGGCGUCUACACAAGCACCUGCACAGGCGAACCCCUUCGGUGGUGCUGCAUCGUCCACCGCCCCAGCUUUUGGUCAACCAAGCAAACCGUCACCUUUCGGUACUCAACAACCUCAGAACAACGCAACGCAGCCGGCAGCUGCCAACCCCUUCCUCAAGCCGCAGUCAUCUGCCGCACCAGCAACUUCCACGCCUUCGCCAUCUCCCUUCACCACCCAGACCCAGAGCCAGCCUAGCAACCCUUCCGCCCCUGUUCAGGCUGCCUCUCAGCCGGCUUCAAUAGCGCAACCCAGCUCCGCCCCGCGCCCCCAUGUAGAUGGUGUCACACCAGAUGGCAAACCUAUUGACCCUAAGGACCGUUACAAGGAGGGCAAGCCAGAGGAAUAUGAGGGCGAGCGGGGUAGGAUGCUAGAAGAGAUCUACAAGCGCGUUGCUCAGCUCGGGCGCUUCAACGAUGAUGAAGAUAUCCCCGUCACACCACCGAGGUGCGAGUGGAUCGCGCCGCUUACGCUGUGA